ACACAAUGGCCCUAAAAGUCUGUACAAGCCUUUUGCUCUUAUUCUUGGUCGGUUCUGUGUGGACCCGAACUGUGAGACAAGUCUAUGAUGAGCUGGAUCCUGAGCACUGGUCUCACUACACCUCUGAGUGUCCCCGAGAGUGCUUUUGUCCUCCUAGUUUCCCCAAUGCCUUAUACUGUGACAACAAAGGACUUAAGGAAAUACCUCCAAUCCCAGCAAGAAUUUGGUACCUUUAUCUUCAAAACAAUCUAAUUGAAACCCUUUCAGAGAAGCCUUUUGUGAAUGCCACUCAUCUGAGAUGGAUAAAUCUGAACAAGAAUAAGAUCACCAACGGUGGGAUUGAGAGUGGUGCGCUGAGCAAGCUGAAAAGGCUGCUUUACUUAUUCCUUGAAGAUAAUGAAUUGGAAGAGGUACCUGCCCCACUACCAGUGGGCCUGGAGCAGCUAAGGCUGGCUAGAAACAAAAUCUCCAGAAUCCCAGAAGGAGUCUUCAGCAGCUUGGAGAACCUCACCAUGUUAGAUCUGCACCAGAACAGCUUGUUGGACAGCGCUCUGCAAAGCGACACCUUCCAAGGACUCAACAAUCUGAUGCAACUCAACAUAGCAAAGAAUUCCCUCAAGAAAAUGCCUCUGAGCAUCCCAGCAAACACGCUGCAGCUGUUUCUGGACAACAACUCCAUCGAAGUGAUACCAGAGAACUACUUCAGCACCAUACCCAAAGUGACUUUCCUGCGGCUGAACUACAACAAAUUGUCUGACGAUGGCAUUCCCCCAAGUGGGUUUAACGUUUCAUCUAUUCUAGACCUACAGCUGUCUCACAACCAGCUCACCAAAAUUCCACCCAUCAACGCUCAUCUUGAGCACCUUCACCUUGAUCACAACAAAAUCAAAAGUGUCAAUGGGACUCAGAUAUGCCCAGUCUCAAUUGCCCUAGCAGAAGACUAUGGGUUUCAUGGCAACAGUCCUCGCCUUCGAUACCUUCGCCUGGAUGGAAAUGAAAUUCAACCUCCCAUCCCUCUGGACAUCAUGGUCUGUUUCAGAUUACUCCAAGCUGUUAUCAUCUAAAGAUCUUGCAGUGUCACCCUUGCUGUUGAGGGUGCUAAGACACAAGUUUUGCUGGACUGAAACUUGUUCUAACUCCUAAACCAAGAAGUAAAAGCUUCACUUGAUUUUUUUUUUCCCCCCUCUCUUUUUUCCUUUGCUUACAUCUUUCCUGCAGCUGAAGAGAUCAUUCUUCUUUCAGAGAAGGUUUUGGAUGGACAGGAAACAUUUGCUUAACACUCCACCCAAGGAUUCCUAACACAAAUUUAUGUGUGUAAGAUUCCCAAAUAUUCUGAAGCAGGUCCUUGUCUACUUCAUCUUGCUUGUCAAAUGUCUAUCCUGUUAACAUCAUUGCUUCAGACAGAUCAUAUGUCCUUAUCUUGUUGCAUUGUAACUAACAUAAACAAUUCUGGGUGCACUUAGUUAAAUAUAUAUGCUAGAAAAAUCCUGAGUUGCAUGAGUGCUAGUUAGUAGAACUGCUGCUGCCCCUUCAAGACAGCAACUAAUGGUGAGCGACCACUCAACAGGG